AGGUACUAGAAGUACAAGUUUAGUAGAGGAACAAGUAAAGUCGCGCUAAAUUUUUACCGUGCAUGGGGACUGGGGGUGCCUGUAAACAAUAAAAGUGUGUGGCUGUUGCUAUGAUGUGCGUUUCCACUAUGGCCUCCCGUCCUCCGGAUGUUAUCAUUAUCUUCAAAACCCGACGGGGGGGUUUUUGGAUUGCCUUUUUUCCCGCGAGGUGGCAGGAGCGAGACACUCACCAGCUAGCGCACGUGGCACUCCCUUUUAGUGUGCCUGUCAUACACAAGAAAGCGUUUCUUGUGCAAGGUCACAGGUGACGAGAUGAAGUGCCCCCGGCUCCGGCAAGGGCCGUAAGGAUACACGGUAAAAAAGAAAUGAAAGGAGCUAUUCUUUCACACGGACACGACAUGGCUCAAGUAUUUUUGCGGAACCUCGGUUGAUUUUCCGAAUUUUUCCAGCACAUGGGGCAGCGCUAAAAAGAACCUGCUGGGUGGACGAGACGAGGCGGAAUCUCCCGUCCCUGCUAUCUUUCCCCGCGUUUGGAACAAGGAGCCAUUGGCACUGCCAGGACGGGCGGUGGAGUCGUCGCCAAUAUCAUGGGUCAGGGCGAGAGCAAAGGGUCUUCAUUUUCGAGGACCCCUGAAUCUGAUCCUGAGGAGGAGUAUGAUUCUGGAUCCGAAGCGUCGUCGUUCGCGAGAAAUAAAAACGAUGGUCAGCACAACCGGAACGCAAUAUCUCCGCCGUUAGCUCCAGAUGAUUCAUUUCCGCUUGGGGAGGAGCAGCACCACCAAGAAACUACUUCCGCCAGUCGUGUAGCUUCCACCCCGGGCCGCGGCGCGGGCACUAGCACCUCCAC